UGGUGCGAGAGUUACUGCCCAAAAAACCUUGUGAAGCAUUGAUUGAGCUUUCUUACUUUUUUAGAGAAUUGUGUGCUAAAGUACUGAGGGUCUCGGAUUUGGAACUUCUGGAAAAUAAAAUUGCCAUAACUCUAUGCAAGUUGGAAAUGAUAUUUCCUCCUGCAUUUUUUGACAUCAUGGUUCAUUUGUCAAUUCACUUGGCGUGGGAAGCAAAAGUAUGUGGGCCUGUGCAGUAUAGAUGGAUGUAUCCCAUUGAAAGGUACUUGCAUAAGUUAAAUACUUAUGUUCGUAAUAAAGCCUGUCCAGAAGGUUCUAUUGCCGAAGGUUAUUUGGCAGAAGAGUGUAUUACAUUUUGUUCACGAUAUUUACGUCAAGUUGAGACUAAAUUUAACCGAGUAGAAAGAAACUAUGAUGGAGGUCAACCAUUGCAAGACAAGACUCAAUUAUCUAUCUUCUCACUUCCGGGUAAAACUAUUGGCACAGGUGUAUUGACAGUAAUGACUGAAGAGCUUCAUCAUGCUGCCACCCAUUAUGUCCUGACAAAUUGUGAUGAGUGUUUGCCUUUUAUUGAAGAACAUAAGGACAUUCUUCGUAUACAACAUGGUGAUGAUCGGGUGGAUGAGUUGCACAAAAAAAAUUUUGUGGAAUGGUUUUCUAAGAAGAUCCAACAAUUGUAUGUAGAUGGAAAAGUGAGCGCUCAAAUGCGUUCUUUGGCCCAAAGUCCUGGAAAGCAAGCUGUCUACUACAAAGGUUACAAUAUCCAUGGAUUUCGGUUCCAUACUGUACAACAUGACGUGACGAAGAAAACACAAAAUAGCGGAGUUAUGGUCAAAGGAGAGAACCAAAUUAAUUGUGUGCCUUGGUAUGGAACCCUUACAGACGUCGUUGAGCUCUGGUAUACAGGUCACAAUAAAGUUGUCUUGUUUCACUGUAAUUGGUUUGACACAGCUACCAAAGGCAAAGGUUAUAAGGAAGAUCGUUAUGGCAUACUAAGUGUCAACAAUAAGGGUAAGUUGAACACCCAAGAGCCAUUUGUGCUGGCAUCCCAAGCAACCCAGGUUUAUUAUGUUGAAGGAAUAAAAAACAGUGCUUGGAGUGUCGUGGUGGAAACCAAACCCAGAAACGUUUUUGAAAUGCCUACUAAUGAAGAGGAACCGUAUCAAGAAGAAGAAUCUCAGACGAGUCACACAUAUGCAAACCGUAACGAGGAAGAAGAUAAUGAAGAAUGAGUACUGUCCAUUUGGCAAGGUUGAAGUCUAGACAUCUGAAAUCAAUUGGCAAAAUUUAGGCCUAUUAAUGUGCAUUGUAAUGUAUAUGUUGGUGUUCACAUAAAUUUGAAUUGUAUCUCUUUGUUGUUUUGUGUUCCUUGGGAGUGGUUUUGGUCUAGUCCCCCUUCCCUUUUGUAUUUUUUUUUUAUCAAUAAAAUUUCGA